UCUUGGUGUCACCAGCCCUGCCACAUCUCAGCACAGCCUCUGCACAAUCGGGGUUUGAAGCAGUUACAGCUGUGAAGCUGGGUUCUUUGGUCCUGUGUAUUAAUGCAAAAUGUCUGUGUGUUAAACGGACUACGUGCUAUUUAAGUGUGUUCCGGUCAGUCUCACUUGUCAUAAGGUAGGUCGGUGAUCAGUUCCAUGUGCACACUCCCUAUCCUCACACACCACCUCGCCCCAACAAUCAGUGACUGCUCUCUGGAAUCGGAAUAUUUCAGCAACCAGCCAUCUGCUGCAGGAACUCAGCGGGUCAGGCAGCAUCAGUCCUGAUGAAGGGUCUCGACCCGAAACGCCAGCGAUCCCCUGCCCCACGCCAGUUCCUCCACCAGUUUGUUUGUUUCCCAACCUCUGGCGUCUCCAUUUCACUGCACUGACCCUGAAGCGUCUGAGACCCCGUCCCCGUUUCUGCUUGUGCUGAGGUUACUGACACGUCCCGAGAUGCUGUGACGGGGAUGGGACCGGCGACGUCCUCGGCGGACACAACUUUCUGUGCGCCCACGGGCGGCACCAGAGCAGUCAUCGCCCGGUGGAGUGAGGCUUUGUGCUCGCUCUCUGCACCGCGGCACUGAACCGUUCCCCACAACCGCACCGGGGGUUGUCCCGCGGCCUGACGGCGGAUACCCGAGGGCUGCAAUCAUUGUGCCGAGCUGUCCGUCUGCAGCCGCCUCCCCUGGCGGCUUCCCCCUGGGCUGUUUCAGGCGAGGGGGCGUGGAGGGCGAAGACGGAGCGCCUGCCGCUCGGCUCUGCGGCACUUGGCCUUGGGCUGGGGAGGAAGAGGAAGACUGUCGGCUCCUUCGGCGUUUAUUUUAAGCAGCGUUGGGGACAGACAGCGGGGAGCCGGCGGGCCUCGCACCGUGUUCCCUGGGGUUUAACCCCGGCAGUGUUGACGGCGGAGCGCAGGGGACCCGGCGCUGCUCUGGGGGAGACGGGAGACCACCGUUCCCCAUCACCGGCUGUGUGUGGAGAUCAGCACCCAGGACCAUUGAUGCACCCCUUCCAGUGGUGUAACGGAUGUUUCUGUGGUUUGGGGUUGAUUUACUCGAAUAAAUCGUGCACAAUGCCUCCAAUAACCUUCCAGGAUCUUCCGUUAAAUAUCUACAUGGUGAUAUUCGGCACCGGAAUCUUUGUCUUUGUACUGAGUCUGAUAUUCUGCUGUUAUUUUAUCAGUAAACUCCGACACCAAGCACAGAAUGAGAGAUAUGGAUACAAAGAGGUUAUAACAAGGGGAGAUGCAAAAAAGUUAAAUUUACACGGGCACACAUGUGCCGUUUGCUUAGAGGAUUUCAAGAUUAAAGAAGAAUUGGGAGUGUUACCAUGUCAACAUGCUUUCCACAGGAAGUGUUUGGUGAAAUGGCUGGAAAUCCGCUGUGUCUGUCCAAUGUGCAACAAACCUAUCACUGGAGCACCAGAGCAGCAGCAAGCACUCGGCACUCUCCUGGAUGAACUUGUUUGAUCAGUGUUCGCAUUGGAACGGACAACAGAAUAUUCAAGAAUUGAGAGAGCUUUCUAACUUUUUUUUUGUUAUUUGACUUUUGAUUGGAACAUUAGAGUGUGAGAGGAUCUGAGCCACAGCACAUGCUGCAGUACUCUGGACGGAGUGAAACCAGGCACUGGAGUAACCGGGAAAUCUCCAAAAAAAACCUUGUAUAACUUCUGCUGAGGAAUGGAACACUUCCAGCCUUUCAGUUUCUGACUAAGCUUCUUAAUCACGAGCACAGGCAACCUCAUGGUGAGUUGCUGAUCCACACAAGCCAAAAGGCCUCAGCUCUGAUUCCCGCAUUGUGCUGGCUCUACUGAUCACAACUGAUGCAAUAGUUGGAGAAGCUGCAACUAGGCAACACCCUGGGUGGAGAGGGUCCCCAUCCCCAUUCUGAUCACUGCUCAAGUUGCUCCCACAGAGAUGUGUGUGUGUGUGGACAGGAGCUGGCUUGGAGCUGAUGCUUUCCACAAAUGGGUAUUUACACACACACCAGCUGGAUAAGGCACAGGUGGGAACAGACUGACGGAGAUCAAUGUGGUGCUUCACUGGCACGGCACAAGGAUCACACAACACUUCACAUACACAAUGCGGAGACCUGACAGUGCUUCCUGCACCUUGCUGUAUACAUUGCAGGGCAUCUUAUGCUGAUUCAUUCACCUCACAGGGUGCAGGGAACACGCUGUGCUUCUUUCACCUCAGAUUCAUCCUGUGCAACUGGAAUGAGCAGCAACGUGUACAAGUUUUGUCCAUGAGGGGCUGGAGUGAAACCUGUUUACUAUCAUUUGUUCAAUGUGAUUUUAUUUCAUAAUUGGCAGAGUUAAUGAUUUAGAAUGUUUAUUAUAGAAAUGCAUGUGUAAACAUUACUAAACAAUUAACCAUCAUCAACCGCCUGAUGAUCUCUCCCUGACAGCUUCAAAUAGGUCAAUAUAUCCCUUUCAGGCACAAAGUGAAAGGUCUCAGUCAGAGCGAUGGUGAGAUCAGCUGUGCAAGAGGUGGCUGGAAGUGUAUCCCUGAGCUCAGGGUUAGGGCACGUUGGUAGAAUAGAACAGAGUUCACCCUGCAGUUACCUGCCGAGCUGGUCUUCACGUGGGCUCUCCCGCUACUGUGCUGUACAUUACGUGUCUUUUUGUUACUGACUGGCACGACUGUUUUGUACAUAUUUUAAAUAAAUGCUUUGAAUCCAUUCCUUUUACGACGGAUUUUCUUUCAUUGUAAAAUAUUUUUUAAUAAAUAUUUGCUCUGAGUGUACCUU